GUGCCAGGUAUGAUCAGUGAUUCCCGUAAUUUACAUUCAGAUCCCGAUCGACAAUAUCGAAUAGUGGCGAAAUUCGAGCGAAAAUACCCAGGAAGAGGUAAGGAUCCUACUCAUAUCGCUUUUCUUCCCCGUAUCACUUGUCUAGAUAAUUCAAAUGUUUUCGCAGCUUAUUUCGAAAACUACUACCCUGCUAAAGUCGUAAGUGCAUAUGGAUGCAAUGGUUAUGUGGUAAAAUAUUUAUCUGAUAAUGUUGUCAAAAAUGCGCCAUUUGAAGCGAUUGCACCUUUGCGAUGGAUAGCAGUGGCUGAUAAGUGCUUAGUCGAUGGCGUUCCUGGUGUAAUUGCUGGAGUACCAGAUGAUCUUGAUAACGGGCUUUUUACGGUAUCUCUUUCACAUCAGAAUGGUAACAAAGGGAAGACUAAGUUGUGA